AUAAGCAGACAGAAUAAAAUAUCACUUCCGAUUCGUAACCCAAAGAAGUAAAGAUCUUCCCAGACAUUUCUGAUUUUGUGAACAGCUCCUGAGAUCAACCAGAGUCCUCGCCGGAGAAAUAUUUGUCUCUUCGCCGUCGUUGCCAUGGAAUCCCUCAUCUCCCCUGCAACUGUCGUAGCUCCGUCUUCUCCCGUGCCAGCGAUCUUCUCUCCAAAGACCAAAGACUCGCCGAGAAGACUCCUCCGGCUCCACAUGUCUUCCAAAAGGAACGAUAACGAGCCCGAUCUGCGUUCCGACUCGAACGAUUCAAGCAUCGAUCCUUUUAUCGGCAAUCGCUCGUCGAUUUCCCCUCUCUCAAAGGAUGCAGCAAUGGGUCUGGUUCUGAGCGCGGCUUCGGUCAGAGGGUGGACUACGGAUUCCGGAAUGGAAGGGCCUCCGGUUCCUGCUGGAGCUGAGUCUGGAUCCAGUACGGAGAAUAUUUCGACCUUCCCGUGGUCCCUCUUCACUAAAUCCCCACGUCGGAGAAUGCGGGUGGCCUUCACUUGCAACGUCUGUGGUCAGAGAACUACUCGAGCCAUCAAUCCCCAUGCCUACACUGAUGGCACUGUGUUUGUGCAGUGCUGUGGAUGCAAUGUGUUUCACAAGCUAGUGGAUAAUCUGAACCUGUUUCAUGAGAUGAAGUGCUAUGUGAACCCCAGCUUCAAUUAUAGGAAUCCAAAAUGGGACGUUAACUUUAAGUAUGUCGAUCUGGAUGAUGAUGACAAUGAUGUCUUUCCCAUGAUAUGAGGUGAAAGGAUCAAUCAUACCCUAUGUACAUUCUAUUUCUUAUUAAACUAAUAUUUAUCUCAUUUGUAAAUAUAUUUAUAUUGAUAUCCAAAUUAACAAUUUGGUAUUGUGUUUAUUAUAGUUUAUCUAUAUUGUCAUUGCUUUGCCAA